AUGCAGCAAUCCAAGUUCUUACGAGCGAUUGAAGCGUUUAUUAAAUUUCAGGCUGCUAAAGGUGGCACCGCUAGAAGCUUAGCUAUUAGUGUUAAAGAUGAAGCAGAAUGUCAGGUUCUGCUGUGUGCGAUUAUUGACUUUAUUUAUCGAAAAUUUGAUAAUUGCUGCACGAUAAGACUAGUUUUCACAAAUGCGUGCCAUGAUGACAGUUCGCGUAAAUACAUUAUAGCUGCAUCACCAGAAUCGCCGCACGACAACAAACUCGACUGCAACUCGUACUUUGGCUUGAUCGCAUAUCUGGUUGAGCGCAUGCGUCAUCGCACGGGUUAA